AACUGUCCACAACAGACGUGUAAUCGCCGCGUUUCCCAUUAUUGUCGUGCGCGUGAAAAAAUACAAUAAAAGCUAUAGCAACGGCAUCAGGCCAGUAGAAAAGGUUAAAUAUAUACCAUACGUAUAUAUAUUAUUAUAUACUCGCGGUGCUCGCAAUUUAAUGUGCUUCAUAUGGAAAAUAAUUCGAAAAAGCGACAAGUUAAUGCAAUUAAAUUCAAUCAAUCAACAACCGGUUCUUCAUUUGACACCCAACAAUUAAAUAAUAUAAAAUAAUAGUUAUUAUCAAAGCUGUCUAUUUGAUUUCACGGCAAAGUGAAAUAAACGACGACAGUUGAAAAGUGUGCGGAAAAUUUAGCAAAACAAAUAUAAUCCAAUCAAUAAUAUAUUAUUAUUAUGCGUAUUUGAUCUUUGUGUGUGCGUGUGUGUGUGUUGGGAAAUAUCAAUAACUGCCUAAUAGUCACAAUAUAAACAAAACAAAAUUCCCAGAAACGAGAACUCCACAAUCAUAUACUAUAAAACCAAUAAAUUAUUAGCCAGACAGACAUGGUAUACUCCAUAAAGAAUAGCGAAACUGGUGAGUUUGAGUAUUUCUACACCGAUUCAGCACGCGUCAAACAGCCCAAAUAUGACGAAGAGACCGGCGAACCCGUCAACGAUCGGAUGAAAGUUCGCUAUCGCAAGCACGGCAACUUCCAUGUGCCACGCCAUUUCUUGCGUGGCACCAUCUGCGAUGAGGUCGAGAAUGUGCUGGCCAACAAAUAUCAGGCGGACUUCGAAGUCAAAGCCAAGUAUCUGAGCGACGAUGAAGCGCGUAAUGUUACCGCCAAACAACCCACUAAAACGCCCGGCUAUGAGCGUGAGGAUUACAUCGAAAUGGAUGGAGUGAGCACCAACAUCAUUUUGGGCUACGAACGCAACAAGACGUACUUGCUGUUCCUCAUCCCAACGCUCUUCUGCUGGAGCUUUGUCGUGUGGUGGCUGUUGUCCAUUCUGGAGAUCGUUCUCCACAUGAUGGCACACAAAAAGAACUCGCUGACCAUGCAGAAGAACCUCUAUUUUCGCAGUCCUAUGCACGUUUUGAGCUCGCAGUUCUGCGCCAUCUGUCGCAACGAAUACGGCAGCAAAUACAACCGCACCUUUGAUAUACUUAAUCGACAAAUGCGCCUCGCUCAUCGCUCCGGGGCACUUAAGGACAUGGCCAAGGCAAUGGGGUAAAUGGGUUGGAUUGCAUUACAAGCAAAAUUACAUUAACAAACUUUACACUUUAAUCGUAAUAAAAGAAACAUACACGAUUGUUGUUCCACGUUUCAAUAACAAUAAAUGCACAAAUAUAUCACUUCGAGUA